ACAACCAUACCCACUCCUACCUCCAAAUUGAAGCUUCUAAAAUCCUGCUGAUUUUAUCCACUCCCAUGGCGGAAACGAAGAAAACUCAUGUGGCCGUUCUACCCAGUCCCGGGAUGGGUCAUCUCAACCCGCUUGUUGAGUUUGCUAAGCGACUUGUUAGCCUCCACAACAUCUCACUUACUUUCAUCAUCCCCACAGCUGGACCUCCGUCUAAAGCUCAGAAAUCCACUCUUGACUCUCUCCCUGCUUCCAUAGACCACGUUUUCCUCCCUCCGGUUAACUUGACUGACGUUCAUGCCAAAAUUGAAACGUUGAUAUCGCUCACUGUCGUUCGUUCACUUCCGUCGCUUCGCGACGUCCUGAAGUCGCUGACGGAGAAAACCCACCUAGUGAGCUUGGUUGUCGAUCUUUUUGGCACCGACGCGUUUGACGUGGCCAGAGAAUUUAAUGUUUCGCCGUACAUUUUUUUCACAUCUACGGCGAUGGCCUUGUCUCUGUUUUUUUAUCUGCCUGAGCUGGACGAAAAGGUCUCGGGCGAGUACAGAGACCUGCCUGAACCGGUGAAAAUACCCGGGUGCAUCCCAAUUGCCGGGAAGGAAUUACUCGACCCGGUACAAGACCGUAAAAACGACGCUUACAAAUGUGUUCUUCACCACACGAAAAGGUACAGAUUGGCGGACGGAAUCAUGGUAAAUAGCUUCAACGACUUGGAAACAGGGGCGAUAAAAGCUCUGCAAGCGAAGGAACCGGGUAAGCCACCGGUGUACCCGGUCGGACCGCUUGUGAACAUGGACCCGAGCACAAAGGCUGACGAGGCUGGGUGUCUGACGUGGUUGGAUCGUCAGCCAGAUGGCUCGGUUUUAUACGUAUCAUUUGGGAGCGGUGGGACCCUGUCUUACAAUCAGACAGUCGAGUUGGCUCUGGGUCUAGAGAUGAGCGCGCACAGAUUCUUGUGGGUUGUGAAGAGCCCAAAUGAGGUUGCUAAUAUUACCUUUUUUGAUAAGGCUAAUGCUACCUUUUUUAGUGUCAACAGUGAAAAAGACCCUUCUGAUUUUCUACCAAAAGGGUUCUUGGAACGGACCAAGGGCCGGGGGCUGGUGGUGUCCUCAUGGGCACCGCAGGCACAGGCACUCAGCCACAGUUCCACCGGCGGGUUCCUAACCCAUUGCGGCUGGAAUUCAACCCUUGAGAGCGUCGCGAAUGGCGUGCCGCUGAUCACCUGGCCGCUGUACGCCGAGCAGAAGAUGAACGCCGUGAUGCUGACGGAGGACAUAAAAGUUGCGUUGAGACCAAAAGCGAACGAAAACGGACUGGUAAGCCGAAAUGAAAUUGCGAGAGUUGUAAGAGCUCUAAUGGAAGGCGAAGACGGGAAGAAGGUCCGCUACAGAAUGAACGACCUGAAGGAAGCCGCCGCAAAUGUACUGAGCCACGACGGCUCUUCCACCAAGGCCCUGGCUGAGGUUGUUCGCAAGUGGCAGAAUAAUUAGAAUCUUACCUACAAUUCCCGACCGUCAAUCGAUCCUUUUAACUUCUUUUUUUUUAUUUUUAAUCUUUCUGUAUUUUCUUAGUAUGGGGUAAUUAAGGUCAUGUGAUUGUAUCAUAGUGGUGUAUGAAUGUUAGAUUUGGUGGACAUAAUACAGCAAUCACUUAUUUUCUGGUUUUUUUUUUUCUUAAAUUGGUUAUUUUUUGUGAAGUAGGUCAGACCAAACCAAGAUUUGAAAGGGCCAAAAUAGAUAUAUUAUUGGAUA